UUUCCACCACCUCACGCCUUCUCCCACAAAUCAAAUGAAACACUCCGAUACCAUGGAGAAACCCAUCGCCGCCGGAAUUUCAAAUUCCGGCAACCACCCUCAAAACCCCAAAAACAAAUCAAGAAAGCUUCUAAUCUUAGCCAUCUCCUCCACCCUCCUCCUCGUCGGCGCCGCCGUCGGCAUCGUCGCCGGAGUGACGACGAAAUCGAAAAAUUCCGGGAAAUCACAUGCCAUUGUGAAGAGCACGUGCAGCAGCACGCUUUACCCAGAUCUGUGCUUUUCUACAAUUUCGAAAAGUGAAGGGGCAAUGGAGAAAGUUGGGAAUCAAAAGGAUGUGAUCGAGCUGUCGAUUAAUAUUACGGUGAAAGCUGUGGAAGAAAAUUAUUUUAAAGUGAAGAAAUUGUGUGGAUUGAAAAAUAUUAGCCAUAGGGAAAAAAUUGCUCUUCAUGAUUGUCUCGAAACCAUUGACGAAACGCUUGAUGAACUUCAUAAAGCUAUUGUGGAUCUUCAUGAAUACCCAAAUAAAAAAUCUCUUAACCAACAUGCUGAUGAUCUCAAGACCUUGCUUAGCUCUGCCAUUACAAAUCAAGGGACAUGCCUGGACGGUUUUUCGCACGACCGAGGCCGACAAAAACCUGCGGGAAAAGCUAAAAGAGGACAAGUGGAAGUGGAACACAUGUGCAGCAACGCAUUAGCCAUGAUCAAGAACAUGACCGAUACAGACAUAGCCAACUACGAGGCUAAAAUGGAACAACUAAAAACAGAAAACUCAUGGCGGAGGAACAGAACAACGACGACGAACAGCCAUCAGUGGCCGGAGUGGCUGUCGGCCGGAGACCGGCGACUUCUGCAGUCGUCAUCUGUGAAUCCUGACGUAGUCGUGGCGGCGGACGGCAGCGGGAACUUCCGGACGGUGGCGGCCGCCGUGGCGGCGGCGCCGGUGAAAAGUAGCAAAAGAUAUGUGAUAAGAAUUAAAGCAGGGGUUUAUAGAGAGAAUGUGGAAGUGCCGAAGAAGAAGACGAAUAUAAUGUUUAUGGGAGAUGGAAGAAGUAACACUAUAAUUACCGGUAGCCGGAAUGUUGUCGACGGCAGCACCACUUUUAAGUCUGCAACUGUCGCUGCGGUAGGAGAAGGAUUUUUAGCGCGUGACAUCACGUUCCAAAACACCGCCGGUCCCUCAAAGCACCAAGCGGUGGCUCUCCGUGUCGGAGCAGAUCUCUCCGCCUUCUACCAAUGCGACAUGUUAGCUUAUCAAGACACUCUCUACGUCCAUUCCAACCGUCAAUUCUACAUCAACUGUCUCAUCUCCGGCACCGUCGAUUUCAUCUUCGGCAACGCCGCCGUCAUUUUCCAAGACUGUGACAUUCACGCGCGUAGACCAAACUCCGGUCAGAAAAACAUGGUCACGGCCCAAAGCCGGUCCGACCCGAACCAAAACACGGGUAUCGUUAUCCAGAAAUCCCGAAUCGGUGCCACGUCAGAUCUGCGGUCGGUUCAGAAGAACUUCCCCACGUUUCUGGGAAGGCCGUGGAAGGAAUAUUCUAGAACCGUGAUUAUUCAGUCAACGAUUAGUGACGUCAUUGACCCGAAGGGAUGGCACGAGUGGAGCGGUAAUUUUGGUUUGAACACGUUGUUUUACGGUGAGUAUCAGAAUACUGGACCGGGGGCUUCGACCGGGGGGAGGGUGACGUGGAAGGGAUUUAGGGUAAUUCAGAGUGCCACGGAGGCUGAAGGUUUUACCGCGGGUAAAUUUAUUGGCGGUGGGAGUUGGUUGCGUUCUACUGGAUUUCCUUUCUCUCUAGGAUUAUGAUAAUAAUGUGGUUUUUAACUUGAUUUUUGUGAUCGGCUAUUCAUUGUGGUAAAUUUUUUUUUUUUAAAUAUUAUUGUGUAAUGUCGAAUUACAAUGAUUGGGUGAGAGUGUAAGUUUGGUAAAAGCAAUAAUAAUUACCAAUGAGGAGCCUGUGUUCACAUUAACUAA